AUGGCAUCUCGAUUGGCAAGGAGCGCUGUCGGUGCUGCCCGAGUCCGACCAGCUAUCCCAAUCCGCACCCUCCCUUCGCUCUCCACCACUCUGACCUCAAGGCGAUAUGCAUCUAACGUCCCUACACAAGAACCAUCGAAGAAGGCACAGUCAAUCAUUGAUGCUCUGCCCGGCUCUUCUUUGAUCUCCAAAACAGCCAUCUUGUCCGUUGGGGCUUCGCUCUCAGCCUUCGCCAUAAGCAAUGAGUUCUAUGUUGUCAACGAAGAGUCAGUUGUUAUGCUUGCGACAUUGAGCGUUUUCUGGGCUGUGUUUCACUAUGGCGGACCGAUGUACAAGGACUGGGCUGAAGGGCAAGUGAAUAAGAUCAAGAACAUCUUGAAUGCUGCCAGGGAAGACCAUACGAGCGCAGUGAAGGCAAGGAUCAACAACGUAAAAGAGUUGGGAAGCGUGAUUGAUGUUACAAAACAGCUGUUCGAGGUCUCGAAGGAGACGGCCAAGCUCGAAGCUCAAGCUUUCGAGCUGGAGCAGAAGACCGCAUUGGCUGCUGAAGCGAAGUCGGUGCUAGAUUCGUGGGUCAGAUAUGAAGGUCAGGUCAAGCAACGGCAGCAGAAGGAGCUCGCGGAGAGCAUUAUUAGCAAGAUCACAAAGGAGCUGGAGAAUCCUAAGACUUUACAACAGAUCCUUUCGCAAAGUGUAGCGGACGUUGAGAGCUGGGGUCAGAAUUCAGAAUUGAGGAAUUUGAAACCAACGAUGGAGUCUCCAAGUACUCGCGAAACCCUUGCAAAGCUCGAGAACCCGUCAACCUCUCAAUCAGAGAAACCGUCCGGCUACAAUGAUCUCCUACGCCAGAUCACCUCCAGCUCAGAUCCCUCCCAAGUGCCACCGAACCUUAUAGCGUUCAUCGACUCGAUACUAAAGGAUUCUUUGGGCAUCAUAGCGGCGAGACCGUUACUAGCAUCAGCCGUUGAGGCCAUCGGCUCAAUCAAGAGUACAGAGUCCAAGAUUGAGGUCGGGACCCACGCUUUACAGAUUUUGGAGUCAAGGGUUGUUUCAUUUGAGGAGCAAGAUGCUAUGAUACGGGAGAUCACGGCAGAUGCCUAUCAAGAGCAGGAAGACUUUAUUGACGCCGCGAAGAUGCUACAAGGCAUACAACUAGAAUCAUCACAACGUAAGAUCUCAGACGAUGCAAAAGUCAAGACCUGGAUGCGGAUCUGCCGACUUUACAUCGAAGAGGAUGACACUACGAGCGCUGAAAGCUACCUGAACCGGGCAAAGAAUCUACUCUACAAAGUGGAGGACCCAGAACUCAACCUCAUGUUUCAUCUCUCUCAGGCUCGAAUACUUGAUGCUCGGCGAAAGUUUCUCGACGCCAGCUCAGCAUACCAUAGCGUCAGCUUCAACGUGACACUCGCCGAAGAAGAACGCAUGCAUGCUCUUUCUGCAGCUAUCAAAUGCGCUGUGUUAGCACCCGCAGGCCCACAACGAUCACGUACUCUCGCAAAGCUAUACAAAGACGAGAGAGCACCUCAUGUCGCAGAAUUUGGCAUUCUAGAGAAGAUGUUCUUGGAUCGUCUACUCUCGGUAGAGGAAGUCGACAAAUUCGCAGACAGCCUUGCCCCUCAUCAGCUUGCAAGGACGAGUGAUGGGUCUACGGUCCUUCGAAAGGCUGUUAUAGAACACAAUCUUCUGAGCACUUCCAGACUGUACAACAACAUCGGGGUCAACGAACUUGGCUUACUGCUAGAUCUUGAUGUUGAGCGAAGUGAAGAAUAUGCGGCUGGCAUGAUGGAACAGGGACGCUUGACAGGCAGGAUAGAUCAGAUUGACGGGAUGAUCUUCUUCGACGGUGGUGAAGGUAGUGAGGAGAGGACAAAUGGAGGGCAGGCUGGUAACGUGGUUGGUCGUGACCUUAGGAAAUGGGAUGCCAAGGUGCAAGGUGUUGCAGAAGAGGUUGAGCGCGUUGCUUCUACGUUGCAAGCUCUGUAUCCGGAUUUCUCGACUGCCAAUUUGGUCCAUUAG